AUGGCUAAGCACGUAGGACCAUGGUUGCUCGUGGGAAUGGGCGUGAUGUGCUCGAUCGUCGUAAUGUCUUCGGCCCGCGAGGUCCGAAGUUUGACAGGAGAUCUGGAGGUGGCCGGCUCUCAUCAUCAUGAGCACGGAGGCCAUGGUCAUCACCACGAGCACGGUGGAGGCCACGAGCAUCAUUCCCAUCAUCAUGGAGAACACGGUGAGAAGGGCGAGAAGGGCUACAAAGGGCAUCAUCACCAUGAGAAGGGUGAACACGGCGGCCACGGUAAAGAGUAUCACGAAGGUCACCAUGACGAGCAUGGCGGACACAAGAAGGGUCAUCAUGAUGAGCACGAUGAGCACGGUAGCCAUCAUGAACACGAACAUGGCCACAAAGAGUCGAAAUUUGGCCACGGGAAAGGCCAUAAGAAGGGCGAGAAGACCCACGGUUAUCAUCACAAAUCCCACAAAGAUGAGUUCCACAAGGAGCAUAAAUUCUACGACGAUUAUCACAAAGGUGGCCAUCACGAAAAACACGGCGAUCAUCAUGAGCAUCACCAUGGUAAGGAAGGUCAUCACAAGAAGGGCGGACAUCAUCAUUCCGGCCACCAUGAGGAUCACCACGGUAAGAAGGGCCAUCACGACAAAGGACAUUACGACGAGGACCACCACGGCCAUCAUGGCAAACACGGUCAUGAAGAGCAUCAUCAUCAUCACGAGGAUUAUGGCAAAAAGCAUGAGCACCAUGGUGGCAAAAAGCAUGGAUUUUCGAGCGGCGGCGGCGGCGGUCACGGCGGCGGCGGUCACGGUGGCGGCGGUCACGGUGGCGGAGGUCACGGUGGCGGCGGUCACGGUGGCGGAGGUCAUGGUGGCGGCGGUCAUCACUAUCAUCAUCAUCAUUAA